AUGCGAUCGAAACCCUCAGUCAAGCCCUCGGCUUACCCGCCACUGCCAUUCCACGCGAUUCGCUUCUUCAGCUUCCUGUCCGCCAUCGUGGUCGGCGCAAUCCUAGCCCUGUUUAUCUACCACCUCCAUGCCGAUGGCUACAAAUUACCAUAUUCAUUCCUGGUGCUCCUCAUCGCAGCAGCCCUCUCCCUCCUAAACAUUCUCCUAACAACCUUGAUCCACUGCAGCUGUGGCCUUUCCCCAAAACUCUCAAUAACAGCAAACGCAAUCCUCCUCAUCCUCUGGGCCAUCUCCCUAGGCCUAAUCUGCUGGUCGCUCUCCAGCACAAUAACAGCAUCCUGCACAACAACAUACUGGGGCAACUCAACCGGCAUCUCAGUCUGCCGCAGCUACAAAGCCCUCUUCACAUUCACGAUCAUCGGCCUGGUUUCACACAUCGCCGCGCUAUGGCUGGAUAUUAUUGUCCGGCGCCGCCAGAAUCGCUUUGGCACAUACGGCGCUAUGGGGUCGCAGCCUGGUCUGGAUGAUUCUGGUGCCUUUGAUGUUAAGAUGGAUGAUCAUUAUGCUCACAAUCUUGGCACUGGGUACCGGAAUGAGCAUUUGAGGGGUGGAAGUGAAGCUACGCCUGCCCUGCAGGAUUUUGACAAUUUGCCACCGACCAAUCCCAAUUCUAGUGCUACUAUGCAUGGUGCCGGGCCGUAUGGGUAUGAGCAUGAGGCUCAUGGGGAGGUGGCGCAUGCUGGUGAUGCACAGGACUAUUAUGGGUACGAUUCUGGCGGCAUGAGCCACCGUGGGAGACAGGGGUAUCGGGAUCCGUAUCAGAGGGAGCACACAGGUUAUGAUCCUGCGGCGUAUCGCUGA